AAUCAGGCAAUAUGAUGGAUGAGUGUUUUCAUGAAAAAGAUUACCUCGUGUCACGCCGUAUCUACUCAAACCGCGUCUUUGACCAGGUCCAUGAGAGACGAGACCAAGAGAUCCAGAGUUUGCGAGAACGGCUGAGCAGAACCUGCAGAUGCCCUGAUAAAUGGGCCGUUCAGAAGAUAAAGGGGCUUCUGCCAAUUCUAGAUUGGCUUCCUAAAUACCCAGUCAAGCAGUGGUUACCCAGUGACGUUGUCGCUGGAGUGACCACAGGUCUAGUAUGCUGUUUACAAGGUGUGGCUUAUGCAUUGCUGGCCUCUGUAGCACCAGUCUAUGGACUCUACUCUGCGUUUUUUCCAAUUCUCACAUACUUUGUGCUGGGAACAUCCAGACACAUCUCUGUGGGUCCAUUCCCUGUCACCUGUCUGAUGGUGGGCUCUGUAGUUUUGACCUUAGUUCCCGAUGAGCACUUUCUGCGUUCAGUGAACAUAACAGCUAUGAAUGAGACAGUGACAGAUGAAAGAUUAAUGGAGGUGGAUGUAGAGUCCAGAGAGGCCCAGAGAAUCAUGGUGGCUUGUACUAUGACAAUGCUGGUUGGAUUAUUCCAGGUGGCUAUGGGGCUGAUGCAGGUGGGCUUUCUAGUCAGGUAUCUCUCAGACCCACUGGUAGGCGGCUUCACCACUGCUGCUGCCUUUCAUGUCUUCAUAUCUCAGAUUAAAACCAUCCUGUCUGUUCCUACCCAGAACCAUAAUGGAUUCUUCUCCUUUGCUUAUACCCUUAUUGAUGUAAGUAGGAACAUCAACCAAACAAACACUGCAGACCUGAUCGCUGGAUUACUAACAAUCUUCAUUGUUAUGGCUGUGAAAGAGAUCAACACAAAAUUUCAGCAUAAAAUCCCACUGCCGAUUCCCAUAGAAGUGAUUGUGACAGUGAUAGCUUGUGCAAUCUCUCAUAUGAUGGACCUGAAGUCCCAGUACGGCGCCAGCAUUGUCCACAGCCUCCCCAGGGGGUUUGCACCGGCACAGCCACCAAAUAUAGCACUUAUCGGGAAUAUUUUGGGCUCUAGUUUUUCUACAGCAGUGGUUGGUUAUGCAGUUGCAGUCGCAGUGGCAAAAGUCUAUGCUGCAAAACAUGAUUACACAGUUGAUGGCAACCAGGAGCUGAUAGCUUUUGGCGUCAGCAACAUUUUCGGAGGAUGUUUAUCAAGCUUUGUGGCCAGCACUGCACUGUCACGGACUGCAGUACAGGAAAGCACAGGGGGGAAGAGUCAGGUUGCUGGUAUCAUCUCAGCUCUGAUGGUGAUGAUAGUGAUCUUGGCCCUUGGGCCCUUUCUUCAGCCUCUGCAGAAGUCAGUGCUAGCUGCCAUUGUUAUAGCCAACCUGAAGGGCAUGUUCAUGCAGAUCUCUGAAGUGCCUGUACUCUGGAGACAGAACAGGACAGACUGUCUCAUCUGGAUAGCUACUUGCCUGGCAUCCAUCGUGCUGGGUUUAGAUGUGGGCCUACUGGCUGGUCUGGUGUUUGAGAUGGCCACAGUGGUGGUCAGAACACAGUUCCCUUCUUGUGCCAGCCUUGGAAAUGUCCCAAACACUGAUAUCUACAAAAACAUGAAAGACUACAAAAAUAUUGAUGAAAUUCCUGGGAUUAAGAUUUUCAAGUGCAAAUCACCUAUUUAUUUUGCAAAUAUUGAUUACUUCAAAGAAAAGUUGAAAGAUGAGGUGGGGUUUGAUGCAGUGCGGGUGUUCAAGAAAAGAAACAAAGCUUUGAAAAAGAUUCACAAGCUCAUUAAAAAAGGAAAACUACAAGCUACAGAGAAUGGUUUGAUACCAGUGGCCUCACUGGGAGUAGAAAACAAAGCCUUUGAAAACGAGCAGGGUCCUGAGCUGGAGAAGGGGGCGUCUCAGUCAGAUUCAGAGGUGAAGGUCCAGGUAGACUGGAGGUCUGAGCUGCCUGUCGGUGUGUCAGUGCCCAGGGUCCAUAUUCACAGCCUGGUUGUGGACUUCUCAGCCGUCUCAUUCCUGGACGUGGUAGCAGCCAAGUCCCUCAAACUGGUCGUAAAGGAAUUCAUACGAAUUGGGGUUAGCGUCUAUAUCGCAGGCUGUGAUGGUGAGCUUGUCAGGAGAAUGGAGGCCCUGUCCUUCUUUGACGAGGAGGUUACCAGAGACCUUCUCUUCCUCUCGGUCCAUGACGCCAUUCUUUUCAUCCAGCUGGAAACCUCCAGUGGAAAUGAGCAGGAUCCAUUAGCUGAGAAGAUUUUACAGUUGCAAGAUGACAAAGAGCCACUUCCAUUUACUGAAGACGAGGAACUGAUUGAGACCUAUGACAACCAACAUUUGGCUAUUCAUGGACUUUCAAACUGAGAAAAAACUCCCACUGUCACUGGGAAACAGUCAUCGUUUUCCUAUUCAUUUGCUGAUAAUGAAUCAGGAUCCGUUUGUCCUGGAAGAACUAGAAAAAUAACAAAAUAACUGAUGUUAAAAAACAUUAAGUGCUUUCAUUUUUACAGCCUUAUUUUUGAGGCAAAUGCCAAUCCGCACAAUACGGGAUGUUCAUCCAGUGGAGGCCUGUUCAUCAGUAUGGACCUUGAAGGAUCAAGAAGGCCAUUUUUGAUAUAACAAACAUAUAUUUCUUGUUAAGAACUGUUCACUGAACAUCUUGAAGCAGAAGAACAUUUAAUAUUUAUAAAUAAAUCACCUGGGAAAUAACA